UUCUCGAUUGCCAUAGACGUUGUUUACAAAUGCGGCAUAGGGAGCCGAUAACUUUCGAUUCCUUGAGUCAUUUGAAAGGUGUUGUUUUUACAAAAUGCCAGCUGUGAAAAAACCAGCAGAAAAGAAAAAGGAACAAGCUCUUCCACAGAUAACAAUUAAAACAUACGUAUUUCCAAAUGGCGACAGAUACGAAGGAGAAUGUAUAGCAACACAAGAGGGUUCAGUAGAAAGAACUGGCAAAGGAAAACACUCCACAAGUGAUGGCAUAACUUAUGAGGGACAGUGGUAAGAGAUAAAUGAAUGCACAGGCAAGUUGACACAUCCGUCAGGUGCCACUUAUGAAGGAGAGUUUAUCAACAACCAGUUCCAUGGCAGGGGCAAAUAUACAUGGCCUAAUGGCUCUAUUAUAAAGGAAACUUUGUUGAAAACAGGCUUGAAGGGAAGGGGAGUUCACAGACACAGAAAUCACAACAGUGGACUGGAUAUUUCGUUACAAGGCUGCAUUAGGUUUACUGUUUAAGCUGAAUAUGAAUAGACCAGCUUAAAUUUAAUGUGGACUUUAGAGAAUUAUUAUGACCUGGAACAACUGUGUCACAAAAAGUCACCACACCACAGAUGAGAACUUUAUUGUCAUCUGUGGUGAUUUUUCAUGACAGAUGUGGAAAUUCCAUUUGGCCUGUAUACUAAAUAUUAACACAGUGUUUACUUCAGUACAUGCCAAAUUUUGUGCAUAAAAUAAUUUUUAAGACAUCACAAUAUUUUAGUGCACUUAUUGGUUUUAUUUCCUGCAUGAAGGAGCAACAAGAGUAGUAAGUGCUAGAUUGCAGUUUCCCUGCUGCCUGCAUCCCUUUUUGAGAUAUUUAAUUAUAACAUGAUAGAAUCAAAUAAGAUAUUAUAAACUCUAAAAGUCCCAAAAACUUUAUAGAUUUUACAUCUUUAUACAGCCUGAAACUGUCAGUAAACACACAACUUUUUUGUGCAGUGUAUUCAUGAUUAUUUUGUUGUGUAGUGUAUUUACAAAUAAAAAUACCAUAAAAAUGAUAAAUUAAGUGUGACUUAGAUCAUGUGUACAUUCAUGAGGAAACAAUCAUGCUGAUCAUCUUGCUAUGUAUGCACAUGUGGGAGUAGUGGGAAAUGCGUGUGUGCAUGCAUAUACAGACAGUGCUAUUAAUGUUGUAGUUUAAAAAACCCAAACUGUAAUAAAAUGAAUGUUCUCCUUAAAAACUUUAACAUCAAUAACUGAAAAAUUCGGAGAAAAGAACAGAUUCUUCAAACUGAGAUUGAACAUAUGAUUGCAUAGUGUAGAUGUAUGUCAACCUUAACUUCCUUCCUUUUUGCAUGCGUGUGUGUGAGAGAAAGGGUCUCAUUAGAAUUUGUUCCUUGUGACACUCAAUUAUAUCAUGGCACAACAAAUGCAUGCAUGCUGCCUAUACACAUAUAUUCUUCUGCUCUCUGGUCACUUGUCGUGCACAAAAGA